AUGGCAGCUCCAGAUGAUAUUCCGACAUUCAAACUUGUUCUUGUAGGAGAUGGUGGUACAGGAAAAACUACUUUCGUUAAACGCCAUUUGACCGGAGAAUUUGAAAAAAAAUACGUUGCCACACUUGGAGUUGAAGUACAUCCUCUUACCUUCCACACUACUCGUGGGCAAAUUAGAUUUAAUGUAUGGGAUACUGCUGGACAAGAGAAAUUUGGAGGUCUACGCGAUGGUUAUUACAUUCAAGGACAAUGUGCUAUUAUCAUGUUUGAUGUAACUGCUCGUGUAACAUACAAGAAUGUCCCCAAUUGGCAUAGAGAUUUGGUUCGUGUAUGUGAAAAUAUUCCAAUUGUAUUGUGUGGAAACAAAGUUGAUGUGAAAGAUAGGAAAGUUAAGGCUAAGACAAUUACUUUCCACAGAAAGAAAAAUCUUCAAUAUUAUGAUAUUUCUGCAAAAUCUAAUUACAACUUUGAGAAGCCUUUCCUUUGGUUGGCUCGUAAGCUUCUUGGAGAUCCUAAUCUUGAAUUUGUUGCUAUGCCAGCUCUAGCUCCACCAGAAGUUCAAAUGGAUCCAACUCUUGUUGCUAAAUAUGAACAAGAGAUUGCUGAAGCCGCUAAUGUUGAACUUCCGGAUGAUGAUGAGGAUCUCUAA